UACAUGUUAGUUUAGUUGUCAGUAUUUAUCUAGAUAAUUUACCAUUUGCCAUGCUGCAUGUUUGAUUCUGGUUCUCGCUAAUCACACAGUUUCCACUUAGCUGUGAUUAGCUAGCUAAGUUUGCCAGUAACAACUUAGCAAAUAGGCUAUGCCACUCUUAAAAGUACUCGCGAAGUGCUAACGCGGUGUGUAUUUGCAAAUUAGAUCAUAGGAUGGAAUCCAGUGGGAGACCUUCCACAGCCCAAAUGGUGCUACUGGCAACGAGUUCAGCUUUAACUGCUGUUUUUUAUGCUAUUUACAAAAAGAAGGCAGGGACAGUUACGCGACUUAAGGAAGCAAAGAAAAUAUCUCUAAAUCAAGACUUGAAAAACAUCCUCCUGGAGGCACCAGGAAAAUGUGUGCCCUAUGCUGUCAUCGAAGGUGUUGUGCGGUCUGUAAAAGAAACUCUAAACAGCCAAUUUGUGGAUAACUGUAAGGGAGUAAUUGAGAGGUUGACACUGCGGGAAAAGAAGAUGGUGUGGAACCGCACCACACAUCUCUGGAACGACUGUGAGAAAAUCAUCCACCAGCGCACCAAUACUGUGCCCUUUGACCUGGCCUCCCAUGAUGACACUGUGGCCGCAUCUGUGCGUGUGGUGCGUCCGCUGGAGGCAUCUGAACUGAACUUGGAGACCACCUACGAGAACUUCCACCCCACUGUGCAGUCCCUGAGCAACGUCAUCGGCCACUUCAUCAGUGGUGAGCGACCACAGGGCAUCCACGAGACAGAGGAGAUGUUGCGACUGGGCGCUAGCGUGACUGGCGUUGGCGAAUUGGUCCUGGACAACAGCCUGGUCCGCCUGCAGCCACCGAAACCGGGAUUCCGUUACUUUCUGAGCCGGCUAGAUUACGAUUCACUGCUGAGGAAGCAGGAGAGCAGCUUGCGUUGGUGGAGGUUUCUGACGGUGCUGUUUGGCCUGGCUGCCUGUGCCACGCUGGCCGUCAUGCUGUGGAAGCAGUACCUGCUGCAGCGCCAGCGUCGUAAGGAGAGGAGCUUGCUGGAGGAGUUCAAAGAGAAGCAGAGGAAGAGACUGCAGGAGCUGAACCUGCAGGAGGGAGAGGUGGCACCCAGCGCCUGCAGUGUGUGUCUGAGUCGUGAGCGGUCUUGCGUUUUUCUAGAAUGCGGCCAUGUGUGUACAUGCGACACAUGCUACCACGCCCUGCCCCAGCCGAAAAAGUGCCCCAUCUGCAGGGCCAGCAUAGACAGAGUAGUUCCACUCUACAACAGCUAAAGGGACAGGCAGAAGAAGCUCUCGGAAUAUCAAUGGAAAGAUCAGCACUUAUGUUGGAAGGAUGAGGGAUACAGCCAGCAUUGUGACAAAACAUGCCAUGCAACUUCAUAGAUGCUCAUAAAUCAUUGCCCUUAACAAGUUUUCAAUUUCAAAACUGUUGUAAUGUGGGAAUUAUGUGACAAAUCAAAGACCUAAUCAAGACCAAGUACAUUAUUCCUCAUUCUUCUGAUUAAAUUGUUAUGGGGGGUGAAGAGGUGGAAUACCAGAAUAUGUGUGCUCUAAUAAUUCAUAUCUGCUCUACUUUGGAGCCAGGUUUGCCUUUUGACUGUUUAAAUCUGUAUUGUAAUAACAAUGUAAGUGGAAGUGACCUGUUGAAUACCUCUAAACAGAGAUUUUUUUUGUUGAAAUGAGCAUUGUCUGUAUAUGAGAAAUAUUCAACUUUGAGCUCAGGCAGCCUUUGAGUGAGCAAGUGUGUUAUGUUCCUUUCCACUAAAGGAGAUUGCUUUAAACUGAUUACCAUGGAAACACACAUCUAAGUUGUUGGGGGUUUUUUUCAAAACACAAAUUCAUUUUUAUGUUUGUACUUGUACUGAACAGUUUGAAAAUGCAUACACUGUUUUACAAAUUACAAU